AUGGCGCUUAAACGCAUCCAGAAGGAGCUGCUUGAUUUGACCCGGGACCCUCCGGCUCAGUGCUCGGCGGGCCCGGUGGCUGAUGACAUCUUCGACUGGCAAGCUACCAUCAUGGGGCCAGACGACAGCCCCUACCAGGGAGGCGUGUUCUUCCUGACGAUCCAGUUUCCUUCGGAUUACCCUUUCAAGCCACCUAAGGUGGCAUUUACUACUCGAAUUUAUCACCCAAAUAUCAACCGGAAUGGAACCAUUUGUCUGGACAUCCUGAGGUCCGAGUGGUCGCCAGCAUUGACCAUUUCUAAAGUAUUACUUUCCAUCUGCUCAAUGCUGUGCGACCCCAACCCAGACGAUCCUCUGGUUCCAGAAAUUGCUAAAAUCUAUCGGAAGGAUAGGAGAAAGUAUGAGCGAAUUGCUCGAGAAUGGACACAGAAAUACGCCAUGUGA